AUGGUCAAGCGCCCGCGACUUCCCUUUCGCAUUCCUUUCUUCCGCAUCUUCUACAGCACCACUUAUACCACCCUCUUCCUCGUCAUCCUCAUCUUACUGGCCAUCACUCCCGCAACCCUCAUCUAUACCGCUAUCGAAGCCAACGCCUAUCAGUAUGUCUUCGAGGUCGGUGGCGUCUAUGCCCUGGUCGUCAUCCUUACUCUCUUCAUCUACUCGAGUCGACUUUACACCAAUCGCUCCGUUCUUGCCGCCGUUGGCAAAUCUUGGAUUCCCGUACAGCCCGGCGAGGUCAGCAAAAAUGUCCGCAAGGAAGUCGUCAAGGCCGCAAAUAGAAGCGCGAGGAUUGCCUUUGAGACCAAGCCAAGAAACCUUCAGCCUGAACUUGCGCGCAUCAAGAAGCAUUCCCAUGAGUCCGACGAAGACGAGCCAACCACCGUUGGCAACAUAAUUCACAUUGAUCCGCACAAUCCUCCUUGGGGUCAUGUCUCCCAUGCUGGCUGGUCUUCGCCUUCUCAACUCGACGCCCAUCUGGCCCCUCACAUUCACUUCCGCACUGUUGUCAUGGAGCUGCCCAAUCUCGUUGAAGCCCGUGCUGUCUCACUAGCCCCUCCCGACUCAUCUUCCAACCCUCAGUCGCAAGAUGCGACUACCCUAGCUGAUCCGAGAAUCGUCGACUUGCUUUCAAGAAAGCCUGCCGCUGACAUGCGCUCAUAUCUGGCACAGCUUUCCGGUCUUGGUCUAGUUCCACCCGACGUUGGGCAAGAUUUUGUUCAACGUUACGAGCAUGCUCGUUUCUCCCCUAUACCCAUCCAAGAGGAUGAAUUCGAACAUCUCAUGUCCGUCUUUGCCACUUUACUUGCCAGCAUGAACCAGCUACCACCUCGGAUCUUGGAAAUGGCUCAGCUCGGCUCGGACGCCUCAUCUGAGACUUCGAGCUUAUCUUCUAUUACUUCUCGAAGUGAUAGCAUUUCCUCUUCCAUCGCUGGCUCCGUCUUCCACGCUCGCAAGCCUGCUUCAAGACUACCAUCUUUCUACACUCCACGCGCAUCAAUGUCUGUCGCACGCACACCUUCGCCAGACACCCGUCGUGGUGCUCUACUCUCCACACCUCGACCACCCACUUCACAAACCACCAACACUGUCUACCGCACGCCUUCUCAACAAACAAUCUCGACCAUAAACUCGGUUCGUAGAACGGCACCGAGAGAGCGACAAGAUAUGCUCGAUGGCAAUGGCUCGCCCGCUGCCAGUCUUCAUCGACUAGAGAGCUAUGCAAGCGGACAGAGUGUUAUUCAUACACCCCUCGCUUCUAGCUCUGGAACAUCCUACUAUGGAUGA